AUGACAAAAAAGGUACUCGUUCCUGCAGCUGAUGGCACAGAGGACAUUGAACUUUCUUGCAUCACAGACAUUCUUCGUCGGGCAGAUAUCCAGGUGACGGUCGCAUCAGUGAUGGAAAGCCAAAACAUUCUCCUUUCCAGGGGUUUAAAGCUUACCACAGACUCACUCAUAAAGGACGAGUCGGCCGACAAAUACGACGGUGUUUUUCUCCCAGGCGGUCUUCCAGGAGCCGACCAUCUUGGCAAAAGUGAAAAUCUCAAGAAAAUCCUCCAGGAUAUUCGUGCACAGGGAAAGUGGUACGGUGCUAUUUGCGCUUCCCCAGUUAUCUCUCUGGUCCCUAUGGGUAUGUUGGAGGGUGUAAAUACAGUCACUUGCUAUCCCGCAUUGAAAGACAAGGUUCCCGCACCUGUAAAGUGGUCAGCUGACCCUGUUGUUCGUUGUGGGAAGUGCUUGACGAGCAUGGGACCUGGUACAGCUAUGGCCUUUGGUCUCGCUAUUGUUGCUGCCCUCGUAUCAAAGGAUAUGGCGCAAAACUUGGCCAAGGAUUUGCUUAUUGAUGGAACGCCAGUCAUCGAUCAGACGCUAAGUAAGUUCUAA